CGUGAAUCUUGGCAAGCAUCUCUUCUGCUCGUUUUCUUGGACCGAAACAAUGCGAGUCGCUCGUGUAAGGUGGCUGGUCGGUGUCGCGGUGGUUGCCGCCCUGGUCAACGGACAGAGCCCUGAAAUCGAACUGCCCAUUCUCGCUCGCUCAGAAGAAGUCGAAUCGGACUGGACUACCGUGGCGUACGGCCGCAAUGUGCCACUGCUCGUUGGCAACGACGGCGGAUCAGCAUCAGGGGGUUUCCGCGUCUACGGCCUCAACGACAGCAACCUGCUAGCCGAAGUCAAGCAUGUGACGCCUGGGCGGACUAAGCUUGUAACUGUCGCCCAUGGCGUGGGUGGCAAAGACCUCAUCCUUACUAUUGCACAAACCGACUCAUACUUCCGCAUCUACGAUGCUUUGACAGUGGAGCCUCUUGGGCAGCCAGGCACGUUGACUCUUGGCGACUGGGCUGCUCUGUGCACUUGGAAGAGCCGCUCUAGUGGGGAGACCUAUGUGUAUCUCUUUGGAAAGGGUCAAGCCAAGCAGUUCCUCUUGCGAGCCGUGGAUGUUUCCUACGAGCUCAUAGAAGUCCAAACCUUUGACGUUCCUGUUGAGGCGUCAGCCUGUGCCGUCUCCUUGGAUACGAAGACGGUAUAUUUCAGCAACGAUGACAGCCCGGCCGUCUUGUCCUUUGCCACAGCGGAGUCCACCACCACGCCUAUCAUCUCUACGCUGGGCGAGGCCGAUGAUGAAGUGACAGGUCUGGCUGCCUACAUUGGCAAUGGAUCUGACUAUUUGUUGAUCGCUGUUAAGGACGCCGUGGCCAUAUACGACACGUCGUUCAAGCUGUUCGGCACCUUGAAGAUGACUGGGAACGACGAUAUCGAGGUUCGGGGCCUCAGCAUCUAUCAGGGUGCAACUGCCAGCUUCCCAGCUGGAGCGCUGACAUUUGCCGUGAAAAGCGACUCUGGCGCUGGGUUUGCUGCCUCCUCUCUUGAGAUGGCCUUCGAUAAGCUUAAACUCGAGGUCAACACCGCUUACGACCCUCACAAGUCUCCUAGCAGCCCUUACUCUCCAGUCUGUGACGAGUGCAACAAGAGCGGUUUCUGCGUUGGCGGCGGCAGGGGAGUCGGUGCUCCAAGCUGUGAGUGCUUCGCGGGCUUCAUGGGCAGCAAAUGUCAGGACUUUACAUGCACGGACGAUUGCUCUGGCCACGGUACCUGCGUAGGCGCGAACAGUUGCGAGUGUGAGACCGGCUGGGGAGGUCUGCAUUGUGCCUUCAAGAUCGUGACGGCCAGCAUUGAGACUGACGCCAAUGGUGGUGACGGUGACGAUCCAGCGAUAUGGAUCUCUCCCGUCGACCGUGCCGAGUCGAGAGUCGUGACGACAACCAAGUCGGAGGAAGGCGCGGGCCUCGCGGUUUUCGACCUGAGCGGCCAUCUCCUGCAGACGAUGCCUGGUGGACAGCCAAACAAUGUUGACAUCAUCUACGGUUUCGUGGCUGGCGACCGCACCAUUGAUCUGGCUUAUGCAGCCUGCCGAUCCGAUAAUACUUUGUGCCUCUGGGAAAUGUCCGAGAGUGGGCAGCUCAAAGAGAUCGCUGGUGGUUCACAGCCCACCAAGGAGGACUACAAGGUAUACGGCAGCUGUGUUUACCGCUCGGAGUUGACCGGCAAACAGUACCUCUUCGUCAACGCCAAGACAGCCGAGUAUCUCCAAUUCGAGCUCACGUGGGCCGACAGCGCUCUGAGGACGACGCUCGUGCGAAGCUUCACCGGCGGCAGGUGGGGCCAAGUCGAAGGAUGCGUGGCAGACAACGCAAACGGGUGGGUUAUCAUUGGCGAGGAGCCAUAUGGGCUCUGGCGGUACGGCGCCGAGCCUGAGGAUGACCCCAGCCAGCGUGUCCUGAUUGACAGCAUCGAAGGCGGCAUGUACGCUGAUGUCGAGGGCGUCACGUUGGUCGAGGGCGCGACAAAGGAGGACGGCUUCAUUAUUGUCAGCCAGCAGGGCGUGAGUGCAUACAACGUCUACCGCCGCGCUCCUCCGCACCAGUUUGUGGAGACUUUCACAAUCGCCGAGAACAAGAGUCUUGGGAUCGAUGCUGUGACUAACACGGAUGGUCUGACCGCGGUUGGAGGCGGGCUUGGGCAGGCUUUCCCAAGCGGGCUGGUGGUUGUGCAUGACGAUGCUAAUCAGCUACCGGAUGGCACCACUUCUAACGAAGCCAGCUACAAGUUCAUUAGCCUCGCAGAUGUUUUGUCUGGUCCACUGCUGACUGAGCUUGACGUCAACUGGGACCCAAGGGCAACUUUCAAGACCUAACUUCUUGUAGCUGGGUCGGGGUUUCUCAGUGUCAAUUUCGGACUC